GAAGCGGCGCGGCGCGGCGGAGCGAGUGCGCCCGGCCCGUCCGCGGGACCCCCCGAGCCCCGGGACCCCCAGGACCCCCGGAGCGCCGUCCCCGGAGCCCCCGCCACCCCCCUCCCCGGCGGCCGCGCACGGGGCGGGUGCAGCGGCCGGAGCGGCGCCAGCCGGCGGCUCGCCAUGGCCCUGCCCCGCACGCUGGGGGAGCUGCAGCUGUACCGGGUGCUGCAGCGCGCCAACCUGCUGGGCUACUACGAGACCUUCAUCCAGCAAGGGGGGGACGACGUGCAGCAGCUCUGCGAGGCGGGCGAGGAGGAGUUCCUGGAGAUCAUGGCGCUGGUGGGCAUGGCCACCAAGCCCCUGCACGUCCGCCGCCUCCAGAAGGCCCUGCGCGAGUGGGCCUCCAACCCGGGGCUCUUCAGCCAGCCUGUCUCGGCCGUCCCUGUCAGCAGCAUCCCCCUCUUCAAGCUCUCUGAGGCCGGCGGGCGCAAGGCGCUCAGCAAUGGGCACACCAGCCCCAGCGACGCCAUGGGCAAGGGGGGCAGCAGCACCGGGACGCCCCCGGCCCGCAGCCCCACGGAGCCAGGGGAGAAGCUGUCGCCGUCGGCAGCCCCACCGUGGCCGGGGAGGAGCACCCCCGAGUCGGAGGGCGGUGGGGAUGAGGAGCCAGGGGGUCCCCCCUUCUCCCCGGGUGGGCUCGGGAGCGAGCAGCCAGCGGGCACGGAGGUGCUGGAGCCGGAGCUGGUGCGGACGGUGGCAGAGAGCGUGGAGCGGCUGCUGCAGAGCUGCCCCCGGGGCGGUGAGGCCGAGCUGCGGGCGCUGAUGAAGCUCAACAAGAAGCUGGCCAAGGCCGUGGGGCACAUCUUCCAGCUGGAGGAUGGUGACCGGCACAAGGAGGAGGAGAUCCGCCGGCACAGCGCGAUCUACGGCCGCGGCGAGGCCCGGCGCCGCGAGGGCAAGCAGCUCACCCUGCACGAGCUCAUCAUCAACGAGGCAGCCGCCCAGUUCUGCCUGCGGGACAACUCGCUGCUGCUGCGGCGCGUCGAGCUGUUCUCGCUCUCGCGGCAGGUUGCGCGGGAGAUCACCUACCUGUCCUCGCUCAAGGUCACCAGGGCGCAUCCCGAGGAGAGCGGAGCCACCGCGGCCAAGCGGCUCAAGCAGGAGGUGGGUGAGCAGAGCCGCCCGGAGCUGCUGGCGCUGCCGGGGGCGCCGGAGCCCCCCGGGGCUGCGUACCGGGCCAGCCUGGAGGAGGACGCGGGCAGCCUGUCCGGGGAGAGCCUCGAUGGGCACCUGCAGGCGGCUGGGCCGUGUCCCCGGCUGACGCCGCCGCCCAGCGCGGCCCCCGACGUGGCGCUGGGCCUCCCCCCCCACGGGCUGUGGAGCCGCCACAUCCUGCAGCAGACGCUGAUGGACGAGGGGCUGCGGCUGGCGCGGCUCGUGUCCCACGAGCGCGUGGGGCGGCUCAGCCCCUGCCUGCCCGGGAAGCCCCCGGCGCCCGAGUUUGAGGACGGCUUGGCGGAACGGGGCCCGCCGGCCCCCCCGGACCCCCCCCGCGGCACCAUCAAGGUGGAGCAGGAGACCAGCCGGCAGUGAGGCCCCCCAGCCCCCCCGCCACCAUUAACGAAGCAAUAACGUGCUGGGGGACGGGUGCCGGUGGCGUGGCAGCGGCGCUCUGGGCAUGGGGAGCCAGCGGGGGCUCGGCCACAGCCCCCCCGGUCCCGGCCCCUCCUGCACCGACGCUCUGGUUACCUCAGCCGCGGUGGGACGCGCUCCCCCCGCAGCAGCAAUACCCUCGUCCCCACCGGGGCUGGGGAGCCCUCGAUGGACUCGAACCCGCUGUACAGACCCCCCCGGCUCACCCCUCCUUACCGUCCCCCCCCCCCCCCACGGGUGUCCCCAGGCCGGCGUCCCCCGGCUCCGUCACCGUGCGCGGGAGCCACGUGCGGCACCGCGUGCUCCAGCACCGCCGCCCACGCCGGGCACACGGUGCCGCGCACGCCCCCCCCGCAGCGCCCACGCGUCAGCGGUCCCCCCCCCCACCCCAGCGGCACCGCGGCGUUUCUGCUGUAAAUACCCCCCCCCCCCCCCAACCGCAGCAACCACCGCUCAGCGCCAGCAACUGCGCACCCCCCGCACGCACCCCCCCGCCUGCCCCCCGGUACCCGUGUGCAUGGGCCCUGUGCCGUGGGGUGUCACACGUGCCGUGGGGUGUCACAAAUACGUUUCCCUCCCCCGGCACGACGCAGGUGGCGUUUGACGGGCAUUGGGGUGGUGCUGCCCCCCCAAACCCCUUAGGGUCCAUCCCACACCGCCCCCCAACACCGCCCCCCCCUUUCUGUGAGCCAUUCCCAGCCCUGGGGUGUCCCCCCGCCCCCCAACUUAGGACUGUGUGGUGUCUUUUUAGAGCAUUAGCGACUCUUCCUUUGUAACGUGUACAGUAGAUUAUUUAUUUUGUUAUUUUGGAAUAAAACUUUAUUUUAUGGCUUAUCUUCCUGCUCCCAGGCUCCCCCUCCCAGGCGAUGGGUCCAGCGCCCCCCCCCCACCCCGGCCCCGGAGCUGUGGGGGGGGGUCCCAGUGUCCCCCAGGCCGGGGGGGCCCCGUCACGCGCCGCGCUGGCGCGUCCGCCCCGGCGUGGUUCCCGCUGCCGCCUCCCGCCCUCGCCACUGACUCACGGCGGCCCCCGCGGCGCUGAGCCCGGCGGCGUGGGCUGGGGGCAGCGGGGGGGCAGCGGGGGGGCCGCACCUGCACCCCCUCCUCACCGCGGAGCGCAUACGUGGGGGACGGCAGGGUGUUAUCCGGGGUGCUGUUCCCC